CAUCACUUAUCUCUUAGAGUGUAGAUUCAGUUGUUAUCACAUUCAGACACGUUCAACUAGUGUUAAGAUCAGAUAAUGUCAUCUUUGUAAUACAAAAACUCAAUUGAACACUCUAACCUGUUUUGUUAUUAGUGUUGGUGUGUUUGUAGGAAAUAAUGACGUUAACAGGAUGGAGACGCUUUAUGAACAGAAUUCUCUUCAUACCGCAGCGCUAUGUUCUGGGCGUCUUGGGCCUGUUUGCCCUGGGAAACUCCUUCACAAUGCGGGUGUGCCUCAGUAUGACGAUCACGCAGAUGGUGGUCCACAAGGCUAGCGAAGCACAUAUCGUUGGAGAAACAUGCCCAGAUCCAGCUGACAUAUCUACAGAUACUACUUCUAAUAAUACAGUUGUUUAUAAUGGUCACGAGCGAUACGAUUGGGAUGAAGCGACGCAAGGACUACUCCUUAGUGCGUUCUACUACGGCUACGUUCUUACCCACUUGCCCGGUGGUCUACUGGCCGAGAGGUUUGGAGGAAAAUGGACUUGUGGGUUAGGACUGCUUCUGACGUCAGUAGCUACCGCCUUGACUCCUUGGGCAGUGAGAGUUGGAGGAGCAGUAGGCUUAUUUAUCAUCAGAGUUGUCGAAGGCAUGGGAGAGGGACCAGUUACUCCAGCUUUUGUGUUGCUACUGGCUCGUUGGGCACCUCCAACAGAACGCUCACGUUUUGGAGCUAUGAUAUUCGGAGGGGCCCAAAUAGGAAACAUUUUUGGGCCCAUUAUUUCUGGGUACCUAAUGGCAGAUGGCGGUGAUUGGGCCAAUGUCUUCUAUGUCUUUGGUAUACUUGGAAUCAUUUGGUUUAUAUUUUGGUCAUUUUUGUGCUACAGCACACCGAAUUGUCAUCCAUUUAUUUCUGAUGAGGAGAGAAACUUUUUGAACGCAAACGUGGCAGCGUCUGGUCUACACAAAAAGUUGGAUCCUGUGCCCUUUAAAGCAUUGCUGAGGUCUGGACCUCUGUGGGUGUUAAUGUUAGCUGCUGUUGGCCAUGACACAGGGUACUUCGCGAUGAUUACAGACUUACCCAAGUACUUCUCUGACGUCCUCAAGUUUAACAUUAAAGAGACUGGGUUGAUCUCUGCCUUCCCAUACAUCGCUAUGUAUAUCUUCUCCUUCGUAUUCGCUGGACUAUGUGACCUUUGCAUCAGAAAGAAAUGGCACAGCAUCACGACGGGAAGGAAAAUCUACACUACUUUAUCGGCAACCAUACCGGCGAUACUCAUCAUUCUGGCUUCAUAUUCUGGAUGCGAUCGACUUGAAGCUGUUACCCUUUUCAUAGUAUCCAUGGCAUUUAUGGCAGGAUUCUACAGUAGCGUCAAGAUAAACGCUAUGGAUAUUGCUCCCAACUACGCUGGAACUUGUUCAGCGUUUGUGAAUGGAUUGGCUGCUGUUGCCGGGAUCAUAACGCCAUAUUUGAUUGGUCUCUUGACGCCUGAUCAAACCGUUCAACAGUGGCGUUAUGCGUUCUGGUUUGUAUUUGCGACUUUGGUCUUCACAAAUUUACUCUACCUGAUCUGGGGUUCGGGAGAGCAACAGUGGUGGGAUGACGUCGACAAACAUGGCUACCCUAAGGGCUGGAAACACGGUCCUUUCAAGAAAAACCAGCCAAAUACUGAAAAGAAGGUCGUUUACCCAAAACAUGACCACUCGCCCAUUGCUGUUGAUUUAUAGAAAUACGAGUAAAACGCUUUUUAC